GACCAGGCCAGACGACACCACCUGCCAUGAUGUCCUGGGAGGAGGACGAUGUCUCCUCGCUCGAGGCAACGCCGCGCGCCUUGAAGGACGCGACGCCGCUGCCCUUCGAGUCCCCCAAAGCGCGCCAGAGGGCCUUAAGGGCCAUACAUGGUGCGCCGCAUGUGAAGACCAUGCCGACGAUCGUUCCAGCGGUCUUGCCCAAGCAUUUGGAGUUCCUCUUCGAGAGGAGUUCCGCCCCGGCGGCAGCUGAGGCAGUGAGUGCCUUUGACAUUUUUGAAAAGGAGGAGCUCGGGGAGAAGAUGAAAUCCUUGUCGCUGAAGGAUCACUUCGACUCCUUCGGGAAGGCUCGCUUCCAUCACUUGGGGCUCACGUUUGCCGCGAAGCAGUUGAUGCCUCAGCAGAUGGCCCGCUAUGGCUCGGUCUGCCAGGUGCCCCACACCGCCAGGAAGGGAGACAAAUCUGCGAAGGCCUUCAUCAUGUCCCAGGACCAGAAGCGGUGGAAUGAACACACCCAGAAGAUCCUGGAUGCGAUCCAGGAACAGGACCGGCAAAAAGAUACUGAUGUAAAAGAGCGGCAGGUGGCGAUCCUCUUCUCCGAGCUGCCGAGCUUUUGGCCGCUGCUGCCCUCCUCGGUGGCCCCGGACAGCUUGGAAGGCGAGCUGCACCGUGAGGAGGACCCACAGAUGCGGCCGGCGGCUGUGCGGCAGAACCGGCUGCUGCUGGAGCCGCAGACCCUGUGGCGCUUCCGGCGGAAUGAAGUUUUGGUUCUGGUGCAGGUGUUGAAGUCCUGGACCUUGGCGUCUUGGCCCAAAGGCGGUGCUGAGAUGGGCAUGGACCGGGCCAGCUUCUGCAGGUUUAUCUUAGAUGUGGGCCUGGCUGAUCAGCGGAAGGUCCCCUUCUUCUGGGCGGUGCAUCUCUUCGACAGCUGCGCCAAGUGGAUGAGAUACUGCGCUGUGGACGACCCCAUGCCAGAGACUGCACCGCUUCUGCAAGUGGUGACCUGGUGGGAACUCUUUCCGAUCGUGGACGCCCUGGCACAGCAGCACUUCAGGACCACUGCGUCCAAUCUCCGCUUGAAAUUCAUUGAGCAAGUGGCGGAGAUCGCGCGCUUCUUCGUGCCAAGCUUCGCCCAGAAGGUGAUCAACAUCGGCCGGGAGUAUUUAGAAUUGAUGCUCCAAGGCGUGGGAGUGGAAGAGGAGGAGAAGGCCCCAGAGGAGGAGAUCAGCAGUCGGGGUGUGAGCAAAUCAAGGAUUGUUAGAGUUAACUCUGAGAAGGCCAGCGGCAAAGUGCAGCUCAGCAUUUUGGACGAUGCACAGAGGCAGCGCAUGAGAAGCCUGUUGGCGGAACCCGAGGUCUUGCAGCUCCUGUGGCAGCACGAGGAAGUCUUCAAAGGCCUCCAUCGGAGCUACUGCGAUGACCGAGGUCACAUCAGCUUUGCGUCCAUGGUGCAGCUCUGUAGCGACUUCGGUUUGGCCCCACGGCUCAUUAGCUUGCAUGCGCUCAGAAAGAUUUACGAGUCGCUGGAAUGUCUGGAGGUUGAGGUCGACGCCGAUUUGGAGAGGGACUCCAGUCUCAGCAUGGGGAAGGCAAAGUCCCACAACCCCUCCCGGGCAGGGGGAAUCCGACAGGGCCGACGCAGUUCAAUGUCAGUAAGUAGUGGAGCCAGCAAUGCCAAUACGGGAGGUUCAUCUCCGUCAGCGCGACGCUCUUCCAUCUCCGACGCCAAAAAGAGGGCCACCGUGAUUGCCUUCGAGAAGAAGCCGGACCUGGGUACCUCAUCGAUGGGCACCUCCAGUGUGCCCACGCACUCCACCUCUUUCGGGCGUCGGCGCGGCUCCAUCCAGGCUGCGAUGGCCUUUGGGAGCACCGCACAGGAGCGCUCUGGGUUGGUCUUGCCUUGGGAGGUGAUCUCCUUGCGCCUUCGAGAGGCAGCACGGGCCGAGCCCACCAGCGGCUUCUUAAAGGUUCCGGCCUUGAUGGAGAUGCUUUGCAAGGUGGCCUAUACCUACCUGGGUUGCUAUGGGAACAUGCAGCAGAGGAGCAUGUCCACGUUGCUUCAGACCGUAUGGCUGCUGACCUAUUUGCGCUUCGGCGUGGAGAGCCUUCGAAGCUCCUUGCAGCGACGGAAGAUGGAGAAGGAAGAGGAGGAACGCCGCUACGGUGCUGUGAGCUGGGCUGUCCGGAGGCUGCGCCCCGACAUGUGGGACAUGGAUGACGCUCCAGAGUUCGAGGAUGACAUGCCGGCGCCCUGUGUGAAGCCCCUGCCCAAGGAGGUGAUACGAAAGUCCACCAAGCAGGCGUCUGAAGCUCCCAAGGAGGGAACGCCCUAUGUUGUGGACAAGAAGUGCCAGAUUUGCAAGUCGACCGAGUCGGGCGAAGGAUGGGGCAACUUGAGGUGCUUCGCUUGCUCCAAGAUCGAUGCCAUUGCCUUCAGGCGCCACCCCUUGGCGGCGCUGCUACGGAGGAGUGGCGAAAAGCCGGUCGCGCUGGCCGGCAAAGUGCCCCGCGUGCGGAACACGUCCCUGUCGCCACCCCGCUUUCAGGACUCCCUGACCAAACCAACCGCAGAGUCGAUGGCCUCCCCAACACUCGGUACGGAGAAUGACACGCUCCGGACGGACGUGACUCAGGACGCCAUCGGCCAGUCGGAGGGCGGCGUCCCGUGCGUCCCGCCGUCCGCGGGGAGCGACCAAGUCUCCUUCGGCAGCUCCGACGAGGGCUGAGGGCCUCAGUGCUUCCUGCCGCAAUUCUCUGCGUCUAACGAGUGAGCCGAAUUGGCCCCGACUUGCUGAAGACCAGCAGCCAGGGCCGACUUGCUCCUGGUCUGGUUGUUGGGGGCUGCUGAAGGCACCACCCAGCACCGGAACUUGGGCUGAGUCGAGGCUUUGAUUUUUGGCCUUUAGCCGCUGACAGGUGUGCGCCUUGGGUGGUCAAUGGAGGGAAGACUGCGAGGAGGAGAAGGAGGAGGAGGAGGGGAAGAACAAGCUGGCACUUUUUCGUACCAUCGGAUGGUUUUCGCUUGCUUGGUUGAUUUUUGAAGGUGCUCAACCAGCAAUUAAGUGGUUGUAUCCGAUAGAAGUCCGGCCCCAAGGGUGUUUUGCAAGUACACCGAACUACUAACUAUAGCACCGCACCAUUCUGACUUGUAUGCAGUUUUCCUGGUCGGUGAUUUCCAUCGAAAGCUAUUUCAGGUCGAAACAUAGCGAUUUCCCGAUAGUUAGUGUGGCAUUUGUCGAAUCAUAGUAUUUUGCUUCGUUGUCAUGUCACAAGGG